AUGCCUCCCCGCGCUCAACGGCCUGCCGGCCGGCAGGGUUGUUAUGGUCAGCGUCCUCCGUAUUAUGAAGCACGACACCCUGGUGCAAAUCCUCUGCCCGCUGCUGCUGCUGCUGCUGCUGCUGCUGCGAACGAAUACGACAUUCCUCCGCGUCCUGUGCGCCCUCCAACCGAUGAGAAUCAUACAAUCUAUCUAAAUAAUAGCAACAACGCGGAGGCAGAUGGCGAUACAGAUAGCGGCACAGAUGCAGAUAGCAAUGCGGAUAGCGAUGUAGAUGCUGAUGCUGAUACUAAUGCAGAGGCCGUUCGCCAGCAUUAUCAACGCCAACAGGACGAAGCUGCUGCGCAGCUGUCGUAUGCAACGUCCUAUAAUAGCUGCAACUGGGCACGGCUUCCUGGAUAUUAA